CAGUCGAGAAAACAUUGUCAAUUUGUUGCUUCUUUUCUAAAAAUGGAGUUGUCGGAUAUCCCGGGAAAAUAUUUUGAAGUCGAAGAACCUACCAUUAAAGCUAUGUUGACAAAGUGCGGAGAAAGGCCAGGUCUCUUUCAUAUAACAUUGACUGCUUCACAAAACCCACCCGCCAAUCAGUUGACACAAAGGAUCAAAGUGGCAGAGAAACUUAUUAGAGACUUCCCAGAAGGAUUCACUCGCCAAGCAUCUAGAAACCUGCUUGGAGCUUUCUAUUUUUAUGAUAGUCAGUUUUCAAAGGCUAUUCAAACAUUUCAAGAAGUUAUUGAAAAUGAUUCAAAAUCACUAACUGCUUCUGCGAAUCUCGCCUUUGUUUAUCAAAGGCUGAAGAUAAAUUCAAAAGUAUCAGAAUAUGAAUCUAAAUUAUCGAUGUACGACUCGGUGGGCCAAGGCAUAGUUCUAGCUGAUCAAGCGUUUGCACUUUUAUUUGAUUGUUAUGUUGAAAAAGACAUUUUAGAUAGAAAUAUUCUUCCAAAAGAACUUUUUUGCCAAAGUCUAUUAAAGUUGGAAAGUAGUAAUCGUCAUCAAUAUAUCACUGAAAUACAGUAUUGGCUCGGCGUAACAUAUAGUCGCCUCUACGCACAGUGUCCCAAAAGAACAGGAACAGAAAAUAUGGCAAAAGAAUGUUUCAUGAAAGGUACUCAAUUAUUUGCAGAUGUUAUUAAAUACGAAGGUGAUGGCAGACUUAUUAAGGAAUUUGUAUCGGCAUCAUGGGUAAAACUUGGAAUUUUCUUAUCUAAAACCGCUGAACAUAAGGGUGAUGAUAUAAAAACCCAUCUCCAAAAAUUAAAUUUAUUGCAAUAUUUGCAAAAUCCCGAGAAAUGUUUCAAAGUAGCCGUACGGUGCGGGUCCGUUGAUGAGUCGCAAGACCAUGCAGAAUUCCAACCUUCAAAUGAAGUAUUAAAUAAAUAUGCAAUUUUUUUAAUGUCAAGGAAAAGACAUGAAGAAGCUUUAGAUAAGUUAAACCAAUCUCUGUCUAUAGAUAAUAGCCAGGGAAACUGGUAUUCCCUGACAUUAAGAGCUAAAGUACUGUCAAACUUAGGCAGGACUGACGAGGCUAUUUGUGACUGGGAGAGGUCGUGUUCCUGGAAUGGGAUUCCUACAGACUGGUGUGAGUUGGCCAAAGCCUAUCAUUCAAAAUAUAAAUUGUGUAAAGACAGCGAUCAAGACACUGCCCAAAAUUGUAUUUUAAAAGCUUCUGAUUAUUUUCUGCGCGCUGUUCAAAACCUUUGGCAAGAGAAAAGACCAGAAGUUCAUAGUGCUUAUGGAGAAUUUUUGCGUGAGAUUGGAGAAGUGCGAGAAGCCAUUGAAUGUUUUAAGAGAGCAAUUGAAGUUGAAACUCCUGACAAAGCAACACAGAGCUUUCGCUUAUUAUUUGAAACUCUUCUUCAGUUCUACAAAAGUUGCAGAGAAAAUUCAGAAAAAACGGAGGAAGAAUUGAAUAAAUCAUUAGAUGAAAUGACAUACCUCUACGACGUGGAACUACGAAAACAUGGCGAUUUGGAAAAUGAAACUAAAGGCUUUAUCAAGGAUUUUGAAGAAGAGAUGUUAUUCCUGACAGCUUACUUUAAGUAUUACAGAAGUCAACCAACAUUAUUUGUUGAUGGAAAGAGCCUAUCCGAUUAUAUCACCUCUACAGUAGAACCUGAAAAAAUAGAAAAAUGGAUGACUUUGGUCGAAGAAAAUGUAAAAUUAAUUCAUAAUCGAGACAAAUUUAAACGACAAAUUGAAAAUAUAUGUUCGAAAUGUGGUGGUGGUUAUACCAAACGACAACUCUCAUUUUUUCCUGAACCACGAGUUAAACCUCGAAGUCUACGAUAUCCUUUUGAUUUUUACGUAAUAUUUUCACCACCUGAUAGGGAUUGGGUUUGUCACGUGUUGUUGCAAACUCUUGAAGUAUCCUACGGAUAUAAAGGCGCAGUAGCGGAAAGAGAUAUGAUUCCAGGUUCUAAAGAGCUCUUUGAAAGGGUCUCUUUUAUACAAAACUGUCCAAAAAUACUUGUGAUUCUGCGCCAGGAGUUUGAAAAUUAUCCAGAAUGUAAUUUUGAGUUAGCUCAUGCUGUACUUAGAAUGAAAGACAAAAACUCGGAGCGAAUUGUGGUUCCGAUAUGUCGAACCAUCAACGGCAUGCAUCCAGUGUUGAAAACUAUUACAUACUUAAAUGCUAUAGAUGACUGCAAUUGGAAUAAACUAAUACGAGCAAUAGAGUCAAAAUGAUUCAUUC